CCUACCCGUUAACGCUAACGGACACCACACACCGACUGAUACCGAUUGAAUUAAAGUCAAGAUGGCGACCGAGGGGGAAUACGAGUCGAUCCUCUGUGUGAAACCUGACGUCAACGUUUACCGAAUCCCACCGCGAGCAUCGAAUCGGGGUUUCAGGGCUGCAGACUGGAAGCUUGAUACGCCCGACUGGACGGGCCGCAUGCGAAUAACGGCUCGGGGCAAAGUGGCCUACGUGAAGCUGGAGGACAAGAUCUCAGGGGAACUAUUCGCCCAGGCACCCGUCGAGGAGUACCCUGGCAUCGCCGUGGAAACUGUUAGCGACUCCAGCCGUUACUUUGUGUUGCGUAUCCAGGAUGAGAGUGGUCGCAGUGCGUUCAUAGGCAUCGGCUUCGGGGACAGAGGAGACUCGUUCGACUUCAACGUAGCGCUGCAGGACCACUUCAAGUGGGUGAAACAGGAGAUUGAGAUCACUAAGCAGUCUCAAACACCCGAUACCACCCCUAAACUGGACCUGGGUUUCAAAGAGGGCCAAACCAUCACCCUCAAUAUAGGGCAAUCUAGAAAGAGGGAUAAGUCCCGCCCUCAAAGUGCAGGUGGCUUCGGGCUCCUUCCUCCUCCCCCCGGGGGGAAAUUAGCCCCUCCCCCGACAUACACCUCCUCCAAUGACAACGACGACGACGACGACGAUGAAGAUGAAGAGAGUGAUACAGGCUGUUUGCUGGACCUGGACAGCAGCAACUCCAACUCUGUAGUGCAGCCCCCCCCCCCCUCCCAACGCUUCAGCUGCUGCCGGCUCAGACAUGUGGGGAGACUUCUCCACUUCCCAAAAUGCUGUUUCUAUGCCUGACCCUGCCAAAGACGAUGCCAGCUGGGAGCAGUUCUGAAUCUGUCCCACAAUCCCUUUCACUUCACAUUUCCCUAAAACUCACCUACAUCCAGACCUAACCGGCCAACACUAAUCCCGACGCCAUCGCUCUCUUUUUCUACCUCUCUCUCUCCUUUUCGCUCCACCCCGCUAUACACUUAUCUUGCUCGAAACCGUCACUGUCCUGUCACUGUUCUGCUCUAGUCUCUCUUUAGCUCUCUGUCUAUAUCUUCUCUCUCUCUUUCUCUUCAGAGUAUUUAUGUAUCCCUGGUGACACGAGCACGACAGGAAUGACAGAACAACAAAGGGAGGAUGGCGAAUCUUAAACAUAGUCUUAUAAAAACAAAUUAAUUUAUGUACAUAAGAUGAUAUAUGUAAAUGUAUAUAUUGUCAUUAGUUUGUAAUGACUGUAAUUCUCGUGUUGUUUGUGUAGUAGUUGCUUGUGUUUCUCCUGCUAGGGGUACUCUGGCUGUAUGCAUCGAUCGACAUAGUCAUUUGCAUAUGCAUCUGGAUUUGGUUACGAAAUAUGCUCAGACUUGUUUCUUUCAGCCAACGACCAGGGUUACGAUCGACACGGAGCAGAACAGGACAAAGGCCAUGUCAGUACAGAGACUCGGUCCGCCUCUUCAAUUAGUGGAUGUGCUAGGAUCCGACACUGUUGAUUCUGUGGUCCCUCUAGUGGCCCCUUGUGGUAGUGCAGCACAGUGACAGGGGAGAGAUUUGCAUCAACAACAGCUGGCGUUUCUCUCUCCAGGUGGACGCAGGCUCUCUGCAGGGUUCUAACAGCACGCCGUUGCUAGAUGGUGAAUCAACACUCGGAGACAGAGAGAGGGAAACAGAGGGAGGCAGAGAGAGGGAGGCAGAGAAAGGGAGGCAGAGAGAGGGAGGCAGAGAGAGGGAGGCAGAGAGAGGGAGGCAGAGAAAGGGAGGCAGAGAGAGGGAGGCAGAGAGAGGGAGGCAGAGAGAGGGAGGCAGAGAAAGGGAGGCAGAGAAAGGGAGGCAGAGAGAGGGAGACAGAGAGAGGGAGGCAGAGAGCGGGAGGCAGGGGUCGAUAGGGACGGUAGGAGGGAGAGUUUGACCCUUGCUGUUGUGUGGCCGCCAGUCAAGACGUUGCCAUGGCGAAGGGUGACUCAUCCAGGUCAUGACCUUAGCCUUUUGGAUGAAUAGGCCUGUGUUCUACUGAGGAAGAUGAGGAUGGCCCCUCCCUCUCCCCCCCCCAACCUUGACCCUAACCUCCUCCUCCCCAAACCUUAACCCCAUCCUCCUCCUCCCCCCGCCUCCCCUGUUCUUGAUGAGUGGCUAGGAUGGCUUCCACCCAGACUGUGUCGUGUUGUGCUUCUGUUAUGUUUGUCUGUGAAUGUUUAUGUUGAACCUUUACGUUCUAGAGCCCCUAUGUUCAUCAAACACGAUGCUCAGACACCAGUGAAACUGCUGGACCACACCAGUGCAUUGUGGGAUACAGUGUUUUAUCUCUGCUAUUGUGUUAUUAUCAUUGGAGGGCCGGGUUGUUGGGGAGAUGUGGGGGGGGGGGGGGGCAUCAAUCAGUAAUAUCACUCUGUAUGUGUGUGUAUGUGCGUGUGUGUGUGUCGCUGUCAAUGACACAACACAUGCUUUUAGAAAUGUGUGCUGAUCAAUGCCAUGAUGAUGGAUGUUCUAUCUGAGCUCACAGCUGGUGGGAGAACUGGUUUGAGCUGGCUGAGUGUGUGUGGGUACCCUGACGGUGUCAGGUCAUGUCUGUUUACCACACAACUAAUAGACUAAUGUCGCCCCCGAAGUUUCCUGUCAAUGCAGAUUCAAUGUAUAUGUGUAUGUAAAUGUACAUGUUUGGAAAAAAAAGUAAACGCUAAGAAUAAAUGACAAACUAUGA